CAUGUACAUCAAGUCCACCUACGAUGGGCUACACAUCAUCACCGGCACCACAGAAAAUUCUCCUGCUGACCGGACGCACAGAAUCCAUGCAGGAGACGAAGUGAUCCAGGUCAACCAGCAAACAGUGGUGGGUUGGCAGCUGAAGAACCUGGUGGCCAAGCUGAGGGAGGACCCAGCUGGCGUGGGACUGGUGCUGAAGAAGAGGCCCACCGGCACCACUGGUUUCACACCGGCCCCCCUGAAAAACAUGCGCUGGAAGCCCCCCCUGGUACAGAGCACCCCGUCCCUGGCCAAAGCCCAGCCUCCAGCCGGAACAGGAAACACCUCCCUCAAGAUGGAGAAGCCAGCCAUUUUAGACCUGUACAUUCCGCCUCCUCCAUCUGUACCUUAUACCCCGAGAGACGCAAUGAGGAGCUCGUACACCAACAUCAAUGUGAGGCCAAAGGGCUCCGAGUCGCCCAACUCCUUCCUGGACCAGGAGAGCCGGCGGCGCUUCACCAUCGCUGACUACGAUAAGCUGGGCGUCCAGCCCAUCGAGGUCAACGUCGUGCAGCCGCGGAUGAGAGGGCAGAUGCUGUCACGCGGUAAACCCCGCCCUCUGUCCAUGCCAGUGGACACCUGCCUGGUACAGAAUGAUCCAUUCUCCAAGCCCUGGACCUCGGGACGAAAAGGCGAGGACCUGCUGUACAGAUACCUGAGCAACGAGCGCAUCCCCACCAUCACGGAGGAGGCCCCCCAGACCCCGCUCCCCCACAGGUCCGGCGCCGGAGAGAGACUGGUGCGCGGCGUGGACCGCAUCCGGGGCAGCCGCCUGCUGGUCAGCGCCGACCUGCACAGCAGCGCCACCAUCCCCUUCCAAGACGACGUGUCCAAAAAGUCACCGGUGCCCCCCACCCCCAAGAAGCGCUCGUCUGAGCCCUCGCUACUGGUAUCUGACUGGAUUUCCAGCAGCAGCAUUCUGGACAGAUACGAGUCAAGCACCAGAUUAUGGUCCUUCUCUCAAGCGGCUGCCUUCCCCAUCUCGUUGGCACCGAAUAUGGCAGCUGAUGGGUAUAAUCCAGUCUCUCUGCGGCCAAAAUCGAAGAAGAAGGAUCGAGGCAAUGUGACAAUGAGCCGGAGGAGGAUUUCCGUGAAGGAGCUGGGGAAUGUGGACCACCAAGGUUGGCUCUACAGGAAGACUGAGGGAAAAGGCUUCCUGGGUAUCAAGUGGAAGAAAUAUUGGUUUGUGCUGAAGAGGACUUCACUAUACUGGUAUACCAGUCAGAUGGCUGAAAAGGCAGAAGGUUACAUCAACUUGGCAGACUUUCUGAUCGACCGGGCAGUGGAGUGCAAGAAAAAGCACGCGAUGAAGGCCUGUCACCCUGACGUCAUGAUGUUUUACUUCGCGGCAGAGAGCAGCGAGGACAUGAAUAUAUGGCUAAAUAAACUGGGGCUGGCUUCCAUUCACUAUGAGCCGACAGACAAUCCGGGAGAGCGUUAUAGUGAAGCGAGUGACCAGGAGGAGCCAGAUUCCACGGAGGUGCCGCCUCCCCCUUACUCUGAAGAAGCGUCCACUGAUAGUCUCCCUCCACCCUACUCCUCGCCUUCUCAGAGCGAGGCGUCAGGCUCCACCUCGACUCCCAUCAGCACGAUGACGUCCCAGAGCUCAGUCUCCUCCACGACCAAGAACCGGCGAUCGUCGCUGGACAUCAUCACGCAGUCGGCCAGGAGGGAGGUGCACUGCUCGCCGCAGGCCCACAAACAGCUCCACCUAGAGGCUGAGCAGAAGGGGUGCAAUGUGGCGGCUUGUCUGGCGCAGAAGCCCCUGGAUUUGGCAGCCAGUGGUAGCCCUUGCGCCGACCGGGGAGGGUGUUCACCAGCAGAUGCCGCAGAGGAAAAUGCAUCAGAUGAAAUGGAAAAAUUGUACAUUCACCUGAAAGAAGCCAGUCUAUCACCAAUUGGAGACCGAAAACCAUCCACUAAAAGGGAUUUUAGAAAGUCAUUCAUCAAGCGCUGCAAAAACCAGACUAUGAAUGAGAAGCUACAUCACAUCCGGACACUGAACAGCACGCUUAAGGCUAAAGAGGCAGAUCUUCUGGCCAUAGAGCAGGUUCUGACUGAUCCUGAUCUGACUGCCUUCAAGUACAGGAAAUGGAAGGAGGCCCAUCUGCCAUUGUGGCAGGACAUCUGUACGCCACAGGGGCCUCCAGGGGGCAGUGUGGAGCACCUUGCUGCUGUGGCCAGUGUGGCCCCUUACACAGAAACUAGCGUGUGAAACUGUCUUUGAGGCUCCUGCUCCUUCCACAACCACUGACUUAUUGCCUGCUGCUUGCCCAAGCAAAGAGCAGAGCUGAAAUGCUGUUACAGCACAGGACUUGUACAUAUUAAAGUGACAACGCUUUUAUUUCUGGGUACUGUUGUGAACACUCGUUUUGUUUUUGUGUUUUUUUUUUUUACCAGUUUUCUCAGUUUUUAACAUUCAUUUGUGUGUUGAAGCACACUUUGGAUUAUUGAUAUAGUGGUCCAUAUGGUUUUCUUUACAGACACAGUGAAAACUCGUGACAGUAGCUAGACACUCCGGUCGCACAUAUGAGGCACGAAGACAGUGGGUGUGUUGUUUGUCGUUUUGUAUUUUACGCUGGGGUUGGAGAAGUCCUAACAUCCACUGGUUCACAUUACAUUGCUGUGCCUUUUGAAACAGUUUUACUUAAUGCCAGUGAUUCACGAUUCACAGGAAAACAAUUCACGACGAAGUAUUUGUGUGACUGAUUUUAAUUGUCUGUAAAUAUGUAGUUCCUUCUCUUUCAUGCAAACCAAGUUUGUAAACAUACACUUUUACCCCAGUACUAAAAGGCAUUAGGUGUAAGUGACUGGAUAUACCUUAACAGUAUCAGGAUUGUGGUGAAUUACGGUCCAGUUUCUCAGUGAAAUUACCAUUUCAGAGGAUUUCUUUUUGCGAAAUCAGUUAACAAUGAACUCUGUAAAAAUUAUAUGUGGAGUUGUACCAUUUGCUAUUAUAGUUUAAGUUGUAAAUGUCUUUUUUGUACAGUAGUGUAUAAAAAUAUGUACAGUUCACUCAUUUCUACUGUGUUGACCUGGUUCAAUUCAGAGAACAAUACAAAUUCCAUGCAUAAUUUC